AUGAGUUAUUCUGCAGAGAAAAAACCUCAUGCUAUCUUAAUUCCAUUUCCACUUCAAGGCCAUAUAAAUCCAAUGUUGAAACUAGCAAAACUACUUCACCUUAGAGGCUUUCACAUAACCUUUGUCAACACCGAAUACAACCAUAAACGUUUGCUUAAAUCAAAGGGUCCUAAUUCUCUUGAUGGUUUCACUGACUUUAACUUUGAGACUAUUCCAGAUGGUUUAACUCCAAUGGAUGGUGAUGAUGUUGAUGUUAGUCAAGACAUACCUUCUCUUUGUCAAUCAAUCAGAAAGAAUAUAUAUCAACACUUUUGUGAACUUCUUGCUAGACUUCAUGACUCUUCCAUUGCUGGUCUUGUUCCACCAGUUACAUGCAUAGUUUCUGAUUGUUACAUGUCAUUUACCAUACAAGCUGCUGAACAACAUGCACUCCCAAUCCUUCUCUUUUUCCCACCAAGUGCUUGUACCUUAUUAAUCACUUUGCAUGUCCCUACAUUGAUUGAGGAAGGCUUAAUACCACUCAAAGAUGAAAGUUAUAAGACAAAUGGAUAUUUAGACACCAAAGUAGAUUGUAUUCCAGGAUUACACAAUAUUCGACUAAAGGAUCUCCCCGACUUUAUCCAGACAACAAAUCGAAAUGAUAUCAUGUUAGAAUUUGGUAUCGAUGUAGCAGAUAAAGUUCGUAAAGCAUCUGCAAUUGCUUUUAACACUUAUAAUGAGCUCGAGAGUGAUGUUCUAAUCUUUGGAAAGAAGAUACCAAGUGUCUGGAUUGGCUUGAAUCAAAGGAACCUGAGUCUGUUGUUUAUGUGA